CAUAGUCGAGACAGAGCUUUUGCUACGUGUGCGCUGCUUAGCGUAGUCUCUUCGUCCCGAACUAUAGUAGCGGCCACCUGUCGAUCGGACAGCAGCAGUAGUCUAGACACCACCGGUAUAGACGGCCACAGUGAAGCUUAGAAACCGCGUAGGAAAAGCUGUUAGCACAGUGUAGUUUUGUCCCUUUCUUACAGUGAUUGAAUGAAUUCGUCAAAUUGUAAAUAAAACUUGAAUUCCUAACCCUAAAUAUAAACGAAACAACGGUAUGUCAGCCCUAAGAAUUGGCCGAUAGCACGAAAAAAUGAGCCGUUAAGAAAAUUUACAUUUCUCAACGCACGAUCUGUGAUUCAUUAGAAACAACUGCAACGACAGUUUUUAUUUAUAAUCGUACACAUAUAAAACGUUCGAUCGAGCUUCUGUAAAUCUGUAAAAAGUAUUUCGUCGAAGAAUAUGAAGAAAGGAGAGAGAAGCAACAGCCGAAAAUCGACCAGUCUAACAUGGACGAAAGGCUGAUGCUCAGGGACCCUUAAUCGCCGCGUGAACCUUCACCCCCCCGCUGAUUUGCGCCGAACACUUAUUCGUUUCGUCUCCGUUAUUAUUCCACUCGACUCUUCUUUCGAACAACUUUUUCAACGAUGGACACAACGCACGGCACUUCAGGAAGCAAGGGUGCCAGGUGGGUCUGCCCAAACGAUCGACAACUCGCCCUCAGAGCCAAAUUGCGAACGGGCUGGUCAGUGAAGAGCGGAUCUUUCGACUCCAGAUUCACCGAUUACACGUACUCGGCAUCAUGCCCGGGGAACUUGAAUUCCACGUCGUCUUCCUCGACGUCGUUUGCUCUGACGGACGCCGAAAGAGCCUCAAUUAUUCAGGUGAUACAAAGAGCAGAAGCUCUGGACGUCUCGGAACAAGAACGAGUUGGGAAACUGGUGGAACGACUAGAAAACAUGAAGAGAAACGUUAGCACUGUAACAACGACGAGAUCAAGCGGCCGAAGUUGCGGAAGUCGAUGUUCCGGCAGCAACGGAUGUGUUUGUUCUUGCGCUCUCUGCGGUGAGAAGUUUGCUGUACUUGGGGCCGGACCCAGUCUCUGCCGAGAUUGUCGGAAGUACAUAUGUCAAAAGUGCGGCAUAGAAACGACGCCUUCGUAUCUCCUGACACCUGGAAGCUCGGCUACUUCAACGAGCACCGGAGCCACGACGCCCCAACAUCAGCACAAUGUCUCACAACAUUUGCGAAUAAAAUCACCCAGCUCGAACAACAAGUGGUUUCUGUGCAGAAUAUGCGCUGAAACACGAGAAAUGUGGAAAAAGAGCGGAGCCUGGUUCUUCAAGGGCCUUCCCAAGUACGUUCUACCGGAAAAGAAAGAGCGGGGUCGUUCGAGAGCAGGAUCAAGAGCAUCGGGAUGGACUUUGACGGGUGGUACGAAGUCGUUAGAGCCACCGGAACAAGAUUCGUCUUCGGACGACGAAGCAACGCGUCGUAUGACGCGAACGAGGUCCCUGUUGUCAGCAAAUUGCGAAGUGGAAGUUUUCCCGAGCGAAGGAGCAACGACACCAGUCGGUCAAAGUACAGAAAUGCGUCCGCCGCAAUUGGGAGUGAGGAGUAAUUCAUCGACGAGCGAACACGAGCGUCGUCCGAGUAGCGAAAAUCCACCGGAAGCUGCGGACAACGCUGUUUCACAGACGGCCAAUCGAAGAGUCUCCUCGUCAACGUCCACCAGCACAAUACGAUCGAAAAGCGGUUCGAGCGCGAACAAUGGUCAACGAAACAAUAGCCGUCGUCCGAAUGCCGACGAACAACGUGAUAGUAAUGAACGCACGAGUGAAUUUAGCACGAGCGUCACGCAGGUACAUCUUGCCAGCGGGAACAACGCGAGCACCAACAACAGCAGCGCUACCAGCAGCACCCGAAUCAGGGACAGCCCGAACGCGCUCCUGUCGCCCGCAGGAUCCCCGAACACGAGCAGCGAGUCGAGCUUCGCACUGGCGAAUCAACACCCUCAUCACGACAAAAAUCGGCACAGUCAUCGGGACACGAAGAUCGCCAAUCUCAACCAUCUCGAACAGUUGCCAAGGAUCGACCAAAUGGCAAUGGCAGAAACGGCGGGGUAUGGAACUCUGGAGAUCUCGUUGCGAUACGAGCCAGUGGCUCAGUGCCUCCAGUGCAAAAUAUUACGAGCAAGAGGCCUACGAGCCAUGGACAUUCAUGGUCUCGCGGAUCCGUUCUGCAAACUCAACAUUCUGCCGAGAACUUUGAGCACGACGACAAAACUUCUAAGAACGAAAACGGUCCACAAGACGCGAGAUCCCGAGUUCAACGAGCAGCUCAACUUUUACGGAAUCACGGAGAGCGACAUGAAGAGUGGCAGAGCUCUGCACGUUCUAAUCCAGCAGGACGAUCGAGUGGCACGGGACUUUCUAGGAGAAGCCAAAUUUCCAUUAUACGAAGUACCGCCUUAUCAAACGAGAUAUUACAACGUCUUCCUGGAGGACCAUUACCCGGUGUCUCAGGAAGAGAAAAUAUGGGGCGAGGACAGUACCAAUGGCAGAGGUCAAAUUCAGCUGACACUGAGUUACAGCACCCGUCGGCGCGUUUUACUGGUCACGGUGGAGCGCGCAAUCAACCUCCUGUCCAUGGACAGCAACGGAUUUUCUGACCCGUUCGUCAAGCUAUGCUUGACCAAAGAACAACAGAAGGAGGACGCGAGCUCGGGUGUAGUUCUUCAUCAUCCUCAUCAUCAUCGACACAGCUCGUUCGGCCAGUCAACGAUCGUGAAUACCGUGGCAAAGAAAGCUUCCAAAAAGCUCGCAAUGUCACCUCGCAACAGCCACAGCAACGUACACAGCACGAGCGUCAAAUGGAAAACUCUGAAUCCCGAGUGGAACGAAGAGUUCGCUUUCGAGAUUCGGCUAACGGAUCUGACCGGUCUCGCUCUUGUGAUGUCGGUUUGGGACAAGGACUUCGGCAAGAGCAACGAUUAUCUAGGCGGUCUCACGCUGAGCUGCAGCAGCAAAGGGGCACGUCUUCGUCAUUGGAUAGAUACGAUUAAGUUCCCCGAUCACAAUCAUCAAGCGGUGCAUAAUUUGAUCGAGGAACAAAUACCGAUUGAUUGAGGUCGGAAGAGUUUAUCGAGAUUAUACAUACAGCGCGGUGCUAAAUCGUCAGAAUCACGGAUGAGGAUUGAAAAACUGACGAAUUAACGGUGAAUUACUGAUGUGAGCAUAUCCAAUUAGAAUAGAUUAUCUCAACAUCAUACGAAUAGGAUUCGACGAAGGAUUAAUCGAUAACAAUAACGAGAUUUUUCGGGAUUUCAAGAUCCAUGAGAUUCGUAGCGAGAUUAGAAUACACUUUCGGUUAUUCCGAAUUUUCUUUCGUAGAAUAGCCGACAACCGUAAUAAUAGUGCAGAACAUUUAUUCAGCUAAAUAAUUGAACACGUAUGGUUGUACCUUAAAUCAAGGAAUGUGGUCAAAUUUGGUAAAGAAACUCUCGGUUGUUACACACUAUGUACUACGUACAAGACACGCACAUCGUUGAAUUAAUAUCUAGUCAUAGGAAGAUCGGAAAAUAUGUAACGUAAAACGGAAUUUAUCUUUCGAAUGUUAUACACUCGUAAGCUUGCGAUUUUCUCGUCAAAGAAAUAUUUCAAAAAGUGGCACUUCUGCAAGCUGUAUACUCUGAUUUGAAAGUUUUCUGAAUAAUUUUUAAUAUAUGAGCCUUGUUCGAAAGUUAAAUUGUCAUUUUUGGAAUUAGAAAAAAAAAUAUAUUUUUUUGAAUUCAGAGCUGUGGACUCAUAUGCGAUUGAAAUUUCAACUUUUUCAGUCAAUACGAGCUGAAUGUAAUAAGAUUGUGCUUACGUAGAGAUAGAUAGCGAACGCGAUAGUUUUUCAGUCUAUUUUGGAAAAGUUAAUACUUCGCUCGAAGAUAAAACUGUCUAACAAAUACGAGUUGUGAAAUGAAACUGUACUAACUAUUUCAUCGAUGAGAAGAGAAACAUAAUUCAUUCAAGAUCUCAGGUUAUUUAGAGAGAAAAAAUAUCAGAAACCUUUACAUUUAAUUAUCAUGUAUUUUGUAUCUCAAAACCAAAUCGACUUAAGCUUUUUUUUAAAAGGACAACAAAACAAUAGAGUAGUCGAAGCAAGCGAAUUUUGGAAUUUCUGUGUCAAAAAGUCACUUCGAUUCGUGAAGAAUCAAGAGUUAAUCGAUCGAUUAAUAUUUUAUCUAUUAUUAAUUCCAAAUACUUACGAAAGUGAUGAAAACUUUAACAGGAAAAAAACGCCCAAUCCAGUGAGCAUUUCGGUGCGAUUAUAAAUAUAAUAUCAGUCUCGUCAUUGCGGACAAUCAUGAAGCUUCAUUGAAAAGCAUCAAAAUUUUUCUCACACUUGAAAAUACGAGAAGUGUAUAGGUUUAAACGCAUUGACUAUAUACUAGAAGAAAACACUUGAUCAGUAUGAAAUAGUUCUUAACGCUUAAUGUGACAUCGGGACAAACGAAAAUAUAUUCUUAAAUAACUUCA